GGGGCGUGUCACAAGCCGUGGGGGGGAACCCGUCACAGUGACGUCACUGUGGGCAGAGAGGCGGCUGUGGAGGAGCCAACAGAGCAGAAGUGUGUGUCUCUCUCCAGCAACAUGAAACAUGGAUGAGGAGGUGGCGGAAAGUUGGGAAGAAGCUGCUGAUAACGGGGAAAUGGAAAAACGGUUGGAGGAGAAGCUAAAAAUCAGCCAGAAAGAAAAAGAGUCAAGUAACCACCUUUCUUCCCGCUCGCCACUGAGGACAGCCAUGGUCAUCCAGGACGAAUCUCUACCAUCAGCACCUCCUCCUCAAAUCCGCAUCUUGAAGCGGCCGAGCAGUAAUGGCUCGCUGGACUCGCCCUUGAGCCAGAACCGACCCACGCCCCAGGUAAAGUCAUUGGCUCAGCGGGAGGCGGAGUACGCCGAGGCCAGGAAGAGGAUUUUGGGGAGUGCCUGCCCAGAGGAGACGGCUCAGGACAAGAACAGCACGGACAGGCCCACUCGCACCAACUCCAGCAACCACACAGUCCGACAACCAAACAGUCCCGACGGCACCCGAGGCUUCCGACAGCACAGAUAAGUCGGACUGGGGGGGGAUGGGCCGUGGGGAGGCCCCCCCCCGAAACCUCCUUCUUCCAGACUCCAGAAGGAAGUAACCUGAUCGGGCCUCUGCUCUCCCCACCGUGACACUGUGACUGGACUCACUGUGAUGAUCCCUUUAACAGGAAAGGCCUCACUCAGCCUCUAAAACUCAGCCCACCACCCGCCGGUUAUGCAGGUGGAAGCAAAGACUAGCAAAGAGUUUGAGUGAGGGGGCCAUAGCAAAAUGAGACCCCCCCCCUCCCCCUCCCCAGCAAUAAUAGUGAAGACGUCACUUUUUUUUUUUUUAAUCUGUAUUUUUUUUAACCUUUUUUUGGACUUCUAGGAGGGACGCUGGCAUUAUGAAAAGAACUCUCAAGAAACCACUCUUAAAGCCGCUUGAUGCUUCUGCCUAAUCAUGAACCUUCCCAAGGUCUGUGUCGGGGUUUGAGCUCAUGCCAUGCAAUUCCGCGGCGAAACACUACAUGCAGUGUUUUUCUGGUGAGUCAGCUUCAUGACCUACCGGGACACUUGUGAAAUAUUUUGGUUUGUUAGCUUCCUUUUGUUGCCAUGAGGCGCGGUUGGAACUGGAACUAAUCAAUGUUUCAACAGUCAAUUAUAUUGCAAACAUUGAUACCAAAUCAAAGAAGGUGGGCUUCUACGCCCUCCCGAGUCGAGAGUUGGAUUUUUUUGAAGGUGCAUUCGCGAGCCCCUGCCUGUACUGUUUUAAAUCGUCAAAACAGCCAUUGUUGUCGCUAAGACAGCACAUUGUAUUUGUUGCUUUUUAACUUAGAUUAUUUUUUUAUGACUUCCAUUAAUGUCCUCGGACUCUCAAGUGUCUCCACUGCCUUUUGAAAAUGUACUUGACAACAAUGUCAGCAGUAUUUUUAAAUCAGAAAGAACAAAGUUUACCCCUCCCAAGUUUCUUUGUACAUAAUAACUUUCCUUCUUUUUUCCAGCUAUGCUUUUAGCUUCUAGGACAGAAUGAACUUGGGAAUGUGAUUGUAUUCCUAUUCUUGUUCCCUAAAACACAGCACAGGAGCAACUAUGCGUCCUAGUAGGAACUCAAAGCCAACAUGGCCGCCGCUGUCGGAAAUGUUUACGUCACUCCUUGUGCAAUAGCCUACUUUCACUGCUGGAAUUAAGAAAGGAAGUCAGUCGAGGAAUGUUGUGUCCAUUUCACCAUCUCACCUUUUUUAGAUUUCAAGAAAGCCAUAUAAGUUAGGUCUGUGGUAAAGAGGAUGUACACACCUGUAUUGCUUCUUUCCUUCCUGUCGCUGCAAAAUGAGCACAUGUGAAGGGGGUAAAAAAAAAAACAUCACCUGAAAUAGGAAUAAGGCUUGCAGAACUUCUACCAACAGCGCAGCACACAAGGCUAACAACGCAAACUGCCUAAGAUUCAAUAAAAAAUUAUUUGCUGAAAUGCG